UCCCCCAAGCUUCUGGAUUGGAGUCCUCAUUGUCCAUGUUUCCUUCCAAGGCCACGCCUUGGGUUUUCUCACUCAUCCGCCGUUACAACGCCAUGCUCGCUCUCUAAUCGUCAUCGCGUCAUGCGCGCUGGCUCCAUAUGCGCAGCCGCAUUGCCCGCGGCGACUUGGGCGCUGGCGCUAUACUCGCGGGGUUAUGCGCGCUGGAGCCAGGCGGUUUAACGCCGUGCUUGCUGUCGCCAUACGUGCAGCCGCAUUGCUCGUUGCCGCAUUGCUCGCUGCCGCAUUGCUCGCUGUCGCAUUGCUCGCUGCCGCAUUGCUCGCUGUCGCAUUGCUCGCUGUCGCAUUGCUCGCUGCCGCAUUGCUCGCUGUCGCAUUGCUCGCUGCCGCAUUGCUCGCUGUCGCAUUGCUCGCUGCCGCAUUGCUCGCUGUCGCAUUGCUCGCUGUCGCAUUGCUCGCUGCCGCAUUGCUCGCAUCGGACGGGGAUGGAAGGGAACGGCAGCAUGGUGGCGCCGUGCGCCCUGUUUCAUCUCAGCGCGGUCGCCCAUGCUACUUCCGUGACCGCUUCACCUUCCCCCACUCACCCCGCUCUUCCCCCUCCUUCCCUCCCCUUCCCUCCCCAUCCGUUCCCCCCCCCUCGUCCCUCCCCUUCCGUACCAUCUCCCCUCUUUCCCGUCGUCUGUUUUCCCCUGCCAUGUCGAGCAAGGAGUAGCUUUGGGUGAGCAGCGCGACUGGCGUGUGGCUGGCGGCAGCAAGAACGUCGACGGAUCCGCGGGGCGCGCGCGGGCACGAGUGGGCACGCACGGCGGCAUCGUCCGCGCAUGGCGUCAGCUGCGCUCCUGCGACUGCAAGCAUCGCCCCAUCGUCGCCGGGGCUGUCGACAGCGCGGGGGGAAGGAUGUCGGCCUGUCCAUGUCACGCCGAGCCAAGGAGCCUCGUUGAUCGAGCAGCAGGCACACGGCAAGGCGUGGAGAAGCAUGUCUGGGAGGGCGCGGAGGGGCGCGGAGAGGCGCCGACGGGCGCGGAGGUGCGGGUGGGAAUCCGCCUCAGAACGGAGGAGCGCACGUUUCUGCCCGCCCAAGCACGCGAUUUGAUUCGGCCGAAGCAACAUCAUGGGCGACACGUGUCCGGCGCCACACAAUUUUAUGCCCGGCAAUCCCUUUCCGCCUGAUUUUAAACCUAACCUGAACCUGGCGGCAUAACCGAAAGUGUGGCGCAUGCGAUGUAAUUUUGAGGCACGGCAAGCUUUCUUCCGCCUGGCUGGACCGGCUGCCAGACAGGCGUGGCGUGCGCCAUCCCUCACAGAGCUCGCCCUUCAGCCAGGCGGCUGCUCUUUCUUGCGCGGGUUGUGUUGGCACUGUUAAAGCCCGCGUCUCAUAUUUCCUAAGGUAAUACGCUUGGUACUAGGUAACGUAGCUGCUCUUUGUGCGAGGGCUUACAAGUGAGUGCGAGAGUAGAUAUCCAACCUCAGCAAAGCGAGCCCGAGAAUGCGUUCGCAGUAAGCUAGGUUUUGGAACCUGGGCUGGAUACACGGAAUCAGAACCCGAAAGUGACUCUAGAAACAAAUUUUCGGCCCAAAC